AUGAGCCACAAGGGCGUCGACAGAUUCCUACUUUUUCAGUGUCAAAGUGUUAUAACUCCUUAUGCUGAGGACACGAAGUCUAAUGCUGAGGACACGAAGUCUAAUGCUGAGGACACGAAGUCUAAUGCUGAGGACACGAAGUCUAAUGCUGAGGACACGAAGUUUAAUGCUGAGGACACGAAGCCUAAUGCUGAGGACACGAAGUCUAAUGCUGAGGACACGAAGUCUAAUGCUGAGGACACGAAGUCUAAUGCUGAGGACACGAAGCCUAAUGCUGAGGACACGAAGUCUAAUGCUGAGGACACGAAGCCUAAUGCUGAGGACACGAAGUCUAAUGCUGAGGACACGAAGUCUAAUGCUGAGGACACGAAGUCUAAUGCUGAGGACACGAAGUUUAAUGCUGAGGACACGAAGCCUAAUGCUGAGGACACGAAGUCUAAUGCUGAGGACACGAAGCCUAAUGCUGAGGACAUGAAGUCUAAUGCUGAGGACACGAAGUCUAAUGCUGAGGACACGAAGCCUAAUGCUGAGGACACGAAGUCUAAUGCUGAGGACACGAAGCCUAAUGCUGAGGACACGAAGUCUAAUGCUGAGGACACGAAGUUUAAUGCUGAGGACACGAAGUCUAAUGCUGAGGACAUGAAGUCUAAUGCUGAGGACAUGAAGUUUAAUGCUGAGGACAUGAAGUCUAAUGCUGAGGACACGAAGUUUAAUGCUGAGGACACGAAGCCUAAUGCUGAGGACACGAAGUCUAAUGCUGAGGACACGAAGUUUAAUGCUGAGGACACGAAGUCUAAUGCUGAGGACAUGAAGUCUAAUGCUGAGGACAUGAAGUUUAAUGCUGAGGACAUGAAGUCUAAUGCUGAGGACAUGAAGUCUAAUGCUGAGGACACGAAGCCUAAUGCUGAGGACACGAAGUUUAAUGCUGAGGACACGAAGUCUAAUGCUGAGGACACGAAGUCUAGUGCUGAGGACACGAAGUCUAAUGCUGAGGACACGAAGUCUAAUGCUGAGGACACUAAGUCUAAUGCUGACACUAAGUCUAAUGCUGAGGACACGAAGCCUAAUGCUGAGGACACGAAGUCUAAUGCUGCUGAGUCUAAUGCUGAGGACACGAAGUCUAAUGCUGAGGACACGAUGUUGGACACGAAGUCUAAUGCUGAGGACACGAAGUCUAAUGCUGAGGACACGAAGUCUAAUGCUGAGGACACUAAGUCUAAUGCUGAGGGCACGAAGUCUAAUACUGAGGACACGAAGCCUAAUGCUGAGGACACGAAGUCUAAUGUUGAGGACACGAAGUCUAAUGCUGAGGACACGAAGUCUAAUGCUGAGGACACUAAGUCUAAUGCUGAGGACACGAAGUCUAAUGCUGAGGACACGAAGUCUAAUGCUGAGGACACGAAGUCUAAUGCUGAGGACACGAAGUCUAAUGCUGAGGGCACGAAGUCUAAUGCUGAGGACACUAAGUCUAAUGGACACGAAGUCUAA